AUGCCUCCAGCCAUCCUCAUCAUCCCCGGCUCCUUCUCCACCGCGCAAAUGUACUACCCCCUCCAAGACGCCAUCACGGCCCUCUCACCCGCACAAGAAACCUACGUGGCCAACCUGCCCAGCGCGAUCCGCAACCCGCCCGAACAGCCCGCCACCUUGCAGGACGACGCGACUUUCUUCCGCGGCCUGAUCGAGAAGCUACUCGUAGCCAACCACCACCAGACGGAAUCGGAUGAAUCCUCCAAGGACAUCAUCCUCGUCGCGCAUUCGUACGGCGGCGUCGUCGCCACAGAGGCCCUCCGCGGCGUGUCGAAGCAGGAACGCCUCAAGAGUGGUAAAAGCGGCGGCGUCAUCCGCGUCGUGUACCUCGCCGCGCAUGUCCCAAGGGAGGGAUCUAGUCUGGAGGAUACGGUCGGGCCGCCCCCUGAGGGGAUGGUGGCGGUGGGGGAGGACAACUUCCUCCGCUUCCUCGACAUCGAGACCAUCGCCAAAGCGACGUUCCCUGACUAUCCGCUCGAUUUGGCGUUGAGUCAGGUGCGCGCCAUGGGCAGACACUCCAACGCCAGCUUUACGAGUAAAGUGACGUAUGAAGGGUGGAGGGACGUCGCCGUGUCGUGGAUCCUGUGUGAGCGCGAUCUCAUCAUCCCGCCGGCCGUGCAGAGGGGGUAUAUUGACCGGAUCGGCCAGGAGAGCGGGAGGGAGGUUGAUCUUCAUGUUCUGGACGCGGGGCAUUGUCCGAAUGUCACGGCGCCGGAGGCUUUGGCGGAGGUCCUUGUUAAGAUUGUACAGGCGGAGGUGGCAGAUCAGAUGAGAUGA